AUGAGAGUUUGUGUGUGCGCAGGCAGCGUGGACGCGCUGUCGCUGGAGGACCGGCGCUACUUCCACCCGGCGCGCGCACAGUGGCAGCGGGUGCCGGGCCGGCCCAGCGCAUACCGUCUGCGGCCCAACUCCUACAUCUGGGUGCCCUCGGCGCAGCUCUUCCCGCGCGCCGGCGGCUUCCCCGCAGAGUUCUCGCUGCUCGCUACUCUACGGCUGCAUCCCCAGUCAACAUUGGGCACUGUGCUGAGCCUUCGGUCGCGCCGGCAGCAGGACGCCUACCUGUCGCUGGAGGUGUCCGGGGACGGCGAGGGCAUGCGGCUGGUGCACGCCGCCACCAACGGCAGCACCCAGUUGGUGGCGCUGCCCGGCCUCAAGAUCCAGGACGGCCGCUGGCACCACGUCGCCAUAGGGCUGCACGGAGACCACACGGUGCGCAGCUACCUGGACUGCCGCUGGGUGAGCACCAACAUCCUGAGGAGAAACUCCCUGGACACGCCCCAGGACGCUGACGUCGUCAUUGGCUACCUCUUCAUGGGCGACCUGGAGCAGCUGACCGUGGUGCCCUCCGCGGAGGCGGUGUCCGAGCAAUGCGACGCAGACGUAGCUCUCACCAACGACACGGCGCCCGUCGCCGUGGAGGAAUACGGCGACGCCGCCGACGACGACGACGAUGACGACGUGGACAUAGACUCUACCUCUGAGGAGGGCAGCGGCGGCGGCAUCGACGAAGACCUCAGCGACGCUGACAACGACAUAGACACCGACUAUCAGUACGAGGUGGAGUGGUCCGAGUGGAGCGAGUGCAGCGCCUCUUGCGGCACGGGCUCGCAGUCGCGCUUCUCGCGCUGCGUGGACGACGGCAAGCGGCUGGAGCUGUGCGUGGAGGCGGGCGGGGAGCGCACGGAGACCCGCGCCUGCAGCCCUUGGUGUCCCGCGGGCUGCGGGCCCGGCCGGUGCGUGCCGCCCGGUCGCUGCGAGUGCCCACCGGGUAGGGCCGGGCCUCGCUGCUGGGACCUCCAGUGCGGCACCGGCGCCGACAGCGUCGUCUGCCGGAACGGCGGCCACUGCGGACCCGACGGCUCCUGCGUCUGUGCCGACGGCUGGACCGGACGCGGCUGCGCCACGCCGGUGUGUGAGCCGGCCUGCCAGCACGGAGGAACGUGCAUCAAGCCACGCACCUGCCACUGCCCGCCAGCCACCAGCGGCGACCACUGUCAACACUUCUGGUGCCGUGACGCGUGCCUGAACGGCGGGCAGUGCGUGGGGCCGGACCAGUGCGAGUGUCCACACAACAGCAGCGGCCCCACCUGCGGCACGCCCGUGUGCGACCCGCCCUGCGAGAACGGCGCCACCUGCCAGCCGGGAAACACCUGCCUCUGCGACGCCGUCUUCACCGGCACGCGCUGCGAGAAGAGGAAGUGCGAGUUCCGGCCGCUGCAGGAGCCGUACACCCGGGGCUUCCGGCGGCUGGUGGCGGGCGCCGCCCCCGCAGACGCCGCCGCCGGCGCCGCCGCCGCCGCCUCUUGCGACCCGGCGCGCCACGGCGCCGACUGCCAGCAGCCCCAGCCGCAAGCGCGCUACCAGACGCUGUACAAGACCUUCUACCGCACCGUCUACCGCUGCGCAGACGAGGGGCGACAGUAG